GAAGUCUAGCCGAAAGGCCUACUUGGGGCGGGGCGAGUGUGGAGCGCCUGGCCGUGAGGCCAGGAGCAACCGAGGUACGAGGUAAAGCACGGAGCCGUUGGGGAUUGCGACUCGCGGAAAAGCGGGCGUUGGGGUGCGUUGUGGUUCCGGAGCCUGAGCUUUGGAAUUCACCCAGACUGGGGUCCCAGCAGCACCGCUUCAGGACAUUGCGGAGGAUUCUUCAUUUCUUUGGGCCUCUUGUGAAGGAGCAGUGACACUGAGUUCAGUUAAGUUCCAUAUGUCUUCCCCUGAAAUUGCUUCCCUCUCAUGGGGGCAAAUGAAAGUACAAGGCUCUACUAAAACCUAUAAGGACUGCAAAGUGUGGCCAGGGGGAAGUCGGGCUUGGGAUUGGAGAGAAACAGGAACUGAGCAUUCUCCUGGUGUGCAGCCUGCAGAUGUGGAGGAAGUUGUCCAGAAGGGUGUGCAGACCCUUGUGAUUGGCCGAGGGAUGAGUGAGGCCUUGAAGGUGCCUCCAUCAACUGUGGAGUACCUCAAGAAACAAGGCAUUGAUGUGCGAGUCCUCCAGACAGAGCAGGCAGUGAAGGAGUAUAACGCCUUGGUUGCCCAAGGUGUCAGAGUGGGAGGGGUCUUCCAUUCCACCUGCUGAUGGAGCCUUAAGAGAAUAAAUCACUAAGCAGCCA